UGGAAAGUGGGAUGACAGGAAGACACAGCGAGCCAAAAGCCUUUCAGAUCGAUCGUUAACUACAAAACCUCUUUGCAGUGUAAGCUGAGCAGCAUCCCUGCGCCACUGGGACAAAGGUUCAGUGGAAACAAUGGCGAUGAACUGAAAGGAAAGGGUGUAGUGGAGAGAGGAAAUGUCUCAUUGUGCUGCUUUGCUUUGUGCACUAAGUGUGCUAAAAUCAGUCGUUGGGUCCUGUAGCUAUACGGAAACACACACACAGUUUACUUCGCAGUGAGAGGGCUAGGACAGGAAGGAAAUGAGGAGCGACAGACACAAAGAAAGAGACCGAGAGAGAGAGGCAUGGAGGGGAAAACAGCAGAUUAGGGUCAUUGGGGUUUUCCACUGUGUAGGAUUAGAAAAACCAUGAGAAGUAGGUAAGGCAUAAUGAGAAGGGGAAACACAUCUGGAGUCACAGACAGUCGCGACAGCAGAAAGAGAGUAGUAGUCAGAAAAUGAGAACGGGUAAAGACAUUGCACCUUGAAUGACACUCCUUGAGUAAUUAAAUAGCUGUCAUUUCUAAUGGUAUGAGCAGAUUUCAAGGAAGAGUGUAGAGAGAGAUAGUCACUGUAGUCUUCAGCUUAGAUAUUUUACACAGGUGGAGGACUGUAAUCGAAUGGGCAACAACUGCGAAUAUGAAUUGCACAAGUGAGGAUAAGUACACUCAAAAAGAUGGGAGAUGCUGUGAUCGCUGUGCUGCAGGGCAGUACAUGCGUGCUGAGUGUGAUGACACACACACAACCAAGUGUGCUACAUGCGUACUUGGUAGUUACACAGCCACAAAAAAUCACAUGCUAAAAUGUCACGUCUGCAAGGACUGCAGUUCCAUUAACAAUCAGAAGAAAGUAAAGGACUGUACAGCUAAAGAGAAUACGGUGUGUAGGUGUAUGGAGGGUUUCUACUGUAGCAACGAUCCCUGUGACCACUGCUGGGCACUGACCCACUGCCUUCUGGGAGAAGGAGUCAAGGUUCAAGCCGCUCACACGAAUGAUACGAUCUGCGCUCCGUGUCAAGAGGGAACCUACAGCAACGUGACAGACUUCCACUCGGCCUGUCAAACACAUACCAGAUGUGAGGACAUCGGAAGAGUGUUGAAAACUCCAGGAACCCCAAAAACUGACGCUAUCUGUGGCAACUUCAAAUCUCAUUGUUCCUGGAUAUUACCCACAUGCUUGUGGUCCGGACUCUUGUUGACGGCACUCAUCCUGUUUGGUGUCAUCUGCUGGAGGGCAAAACGCAAGUCUUACAAAGCAGAAAAAAAUGAAACCAGGACAUUUUUACAACACCCUUUCAAGUCUACAGGAGCCGACUCCUGUGUGGCCGUUUCUCGGGUUGAAAUGGUGGCAGCGGCACCGAUCACUCAGCUGGAGAAGUCUUUACCGAUCACAGAGAUGAACGGUCACUACCAGGACUGCUGCCCCCUGGAGGGCUGCAAAAUACCACUUUUUAUCCCAGAUGACAGCGUGGUCAGUUGUGACACACAAGAACAACACGUGGACGGCAGCCUCCCUAAAACUCCACUGAAGGCUUCAGUUUCAUUUACUGACUCCAACCACAUCAAUGGGAAUGCUGGAUAUUGCACUGGAAACUUCUUGAGGACCUACUCGGAGCCACAGGAGGACGAGUGGUGUGGCACAUAAUCAAGUAAAUAUUCUUGCAACAGCAUAAUGAGGGAGCUCAGAGUCCUUUUCCGACUUGGAGAUGCUCCAACUAGUUUGAACUGGACCGGUUUAUACCAAAAUAAAACCGAGGAGGAUUUCUCUCUUUCUGAAGAGUUUAGGGGGGCUGACGGUUUGCUGCCCCCUUCAGGACUUUAAUGAAAAGUUCAGCUAAAGUAAUUUGAUAUUUCUGUGAUGCAUUAACAAUGAACAAAACAUAUUCUUUUUAAAUCCCUGUGCAGCUCUGUACCGGAGAACUUUUAGCUACCGCUCAGGGGUGCCUCUAUUAGAGAGUCUGUUAUAUUCUAUAUUUGUAUUACUUUUCAUAUCCCAUGAAAAAGCCCAAACCAACAUUGAAUGCAUCUUUAACGAGUAUGUUUGUGACACCAAUGCCUGG